AUGUCCGAGGAGGGAGAGCCGCGCGUGCCGCAGUGGGAGGGGCCGCUCGAGGACGGCAUUGCACAUGGCGAGGGCAAGAUGACGUACCCCGGGGAGCUCGACGAGGACGGCGAGGAGAAGCCCGGCGACACCUAUGAGGGAAACCUCAACAUGGGGGUGCGUCAGGGGCAGGGGAAGUACACGUGGGCGAGCGGGGCGUACUACGACGGAGAGUACAACGAGAACAAGAAGCACGGCGAGGGGUUCAUGAAGUUCCCGGACGGAGGCAUGUAUGCGGGGCAGUGGAAGGACGACCUGAUCCACGGCAAGGGCAUCUACACCUAUCCCAACGGUGACAUUUACGACGGCGAGUUCGUGGAGGGCAAGAAGCACGGCAAGGGCAACUUCCUGCACAAGGAGUCCCAGAGUCAGUACGUGGGGGAGUUCAAAGACGGCAACUUUGCGGGCGGGCAAUGGAUCCUAGUGGACUGCACGACGUACGCCGGGGAGGCCGAGGAGCUCGCGGACCAGGCGGUCUACAAGAAGGCCGAGUUCAAGCCGGGGACCUUCGAGGCGCUGCGCCUCACGAACGACGAGCAGGAGUUCCCCCUCGACGGCGCCACUGUGGCCAUCCCGCCGCCGCCGGAGCCCGAGGAGACCCCCGCGUGA